UACCUUCAUCAUUGUAGCACCCAAUCGAGAUAUCUACAUGUAGGGGUUGGCUGCUGUGGAAAAGUCAGAAAAAUAAUAUAUACUACUUUUUCAUAGGGUAUGGUAUAUGAGUUAUUAAAUUUUCUUUUUCCUCUCUUCUGUGGGCUUUUCUUGGUUAUAUGCCGUUUCAAUUCCAGGGUCCAGUAGACUUCAAUUCCAACAGAAUAAUAUUGUUUAGGACAUGGAGAAAGUCUGCCUUUUCUCAGAUCACUUUGAGUAUCAAGCUUUGUCAUUUCAGGAAGUCCUCCAUUGGCGGUUCCUCAUCCGUGGAGAUUUUACAUAGUGAACAGCUCCUCUUGAAUGAUCAGUACAGGAGACCAUAUGCGAUUUCCACAUAAGCUAGGUGUUGGAUGUUAAGUGCAAUUCCGCUAGUAAGCAGCACACCUUCUUAUGAUGAUGUUUUUAUACAUCAUUGGGAAUUAGUUAGCUUUUUAUACGCUUGCUUCAUGUUUGGUAGUUUCUAAAGACCUCUUCUUCACGAUUAAGUUGAUUGAAGAUUUGGUAUCAGACUAAAGUGUAUUAGAGGCAAGGAGCUAAUGUGUUUUGAGAAAGAAGGUUUGAGUCUCAGUUAGCUUUGAAGUGGUGUCAAGAUGCACUGCAGCACUUGCCUUUGCUUGCUUUCUCUCCCGUGUUACAGUUUUGGAUUUUCUUAUGCCGUAUAUCUUACAAAUAAGGCUGUGAAGCCCAUCCGUCCUAUCAUUGCCAGUUCUGCCCUCAUCAGUUUUGCAGAAGGAAACUAAGGGGGAUUUUGCUGAAUCAGCCAGGCCAUAGUUCCUUUUAGUAUUUUUUUUUUAAAAUUUUCCAGUCAUCCUGAGACAGAAGAACUACACUUUGUUUAUGUGCGUGUCGUCCCUCUACUCCAAUAAAUAAGAGUCCUACGUGCUAUUGAAGCUGCUAAAAUGGAAAGGUACCAGAUAAUUAAGGAAGUUGGUAAUGGUACGUUUGGAAAUGUUUGGCGUGCACUUAAUAAACAGACUGGUGAAGUGGUUGCGAUUAAAAAGAUGAAGAAGAACUAUUAUUCAUGGGAAGAAUGCAUAAACUUGAGAGAGGUCAAGUCUCUGAGAAAAAUGAACCAUCCGAAUAUUGUGAAGCUCAAGGAAGUGGUUAGGGAGAAUGACAUUUUGUACUUCGUGUUUGAAUACUUGGAGUGCAAUUUAUACCAGCUUAUGAAGGACAGACCAACGCUUUUCUCAGAAUCCGAAGUAAGAAAUUGGUGCUUCCAAGUAUUUCAGGGUCUUGCUUACAUGCAUCGACAAGGAUAUUUUCAUCGUGACCUUAAGCCAGAGAACUUGUUGGUUUCGAAAGACAUAAUUAAAAUAGCUGAUUUUGGUCUUGCUCGGGAGAUCAACUCUCAGCCUCCAUAUACGGAUUACGUAUCAACACGUUGGUAUCGUGCUCCUGAAAUUCUUCUCCAGUCACCAAUCUAUGGUCCUGCUGUCGAUAUGUGGGCAAUGGGUGCUAUGAUGGCUGAGUUGUUUAGUCUUCGUCCUCUGUUUCCGGGUUCAAGCGAAGCAGAUGAGAUCUACAAAAUAUGCAGUGUUAUAGGGACCCCAACCAAGAGGGACUGGACUCAGGGACUUCAACUUGCUAGUGAUAUUAACUACCAAUUUCCACAGAUUGCUGGUGUAGAUCUCGCCUCGCUAGUUCCAUCUGCUAGUGAAAAUGCUAUUAGCCUAAUCAAGUCACUUUGCUCAUGGGAUCCUUGUAAGAGGCCGACGGCGAUUGAUGCUCUUCAGCAUCCUUUCUUCCAGAGUUGCUUUUAUGUACCUCCAUCACUACGUGCAAAAGCUGCUGUUGCCAAGACUCCUCCUCCUGCUUGCAUGAGCGGUGCAUUGGAGCAGAAGUACAAGUGGUCGUCUGGCUUGUUGCACAACCCCAAACCUAGUGGCAACUUCUCUAAUGUCAAGUCACAGGUGCCCUUUAACGCGGGUGUACAAAGGAAGCUGGAUAUGAAUUAUCAGGAUACAAUGAGGAACGAUAAAUCCCUGCAAGGCUCUGUAGCCCAGCAACCAAAAUAUCGACCUCCUGGAAGAAACGUUCCAAGUGAUCCAAUGGCUGGUUCUGGAGUGAAGAGUUUUGCUGUUUCUGAUGCAGCUGAGAAGCUGGCGAACGUGAGCAUUUCUUCUGGUAGAGGACCUAUAAAGCAGCCAGUAGUUAAGCCAAUGAAAGCAGGAUGGUGGCAUGGGCAGCAGGACUUGUUCCAUGGACGCUCUAAAGAGUUUCUUCCGGGAAGGAGCUUUUCGAGGAAAGUUGCUGGAUGAAGAAAUGUCAUAGCAUAGCUGAGAGUGUCGUACUUCGUUCUCUAGUGUUUUAUUCGCAUUAGUAGUCUUUCUGUGCACGGCAUUUGAUGUUACUUUGGUGAGCCAUUGUGCUGGCAAGUUUUUGUUUGUUUUUGGUGAUACUGUCGCGUCUACGUUCAAAAUGUUUUGAAUAAAUGUUUUUUGUUUUGUUUUGGUUAAGACAUUGUCACAUCAACUUUCAAGUUGUUGAAUAAAAGUUUUUGGUUAACUAA